AUGCCUAACGUUGUCGUGGUCGGCGCCGGCGUGUCUGGUCUGACGACGGCCUUGCUGCUGUCCAGGAAGCCAGGCUAUAAAGUGACCAUCAUUGCAAAGCAUAUGCCUGGGGAUUAUGACAUCGAAUAUACAUCACCUUGGGCGGGCGCUAAUUACCUGCCAAUGGCAGAUGAAGCUGGCUGCAAGUGGGAGAAGAAUACAUGGCCAGUGCUAGACCAUCUUGCCAAAAAUGUCCCAGAAGCUGGCAUACAUUAUCAAGAUACCCUAGUCCUAAAUCGCGAAAAGGACGCCGAUUCACCUACGGGGACAUGGCUCAGCGCCCUCACCUCUGAAAAUCCAUGGUUCAAGGACGAUGUCCACGAUUUCCGCGUCAUCCCGAGGGAUCAAGUCCCUCCUGGCGCCGACUCUGCAACAGCAUUUACAUCUGUCUGCAUUAACACUGCCGUGUAUCUCCCUUGGCUUGUUAGCCAAUGUCUAUCCAAUGGAACCGUGCUGAAGCGCGGAAUACUAACCCACAUCUCUGACGCCGCGGACCUCCACCACACCGGCAAGAAAGCCGACGUUAUCGUGAACUGUACGGGUUUACUAGCUUCCAAGCUGGGCGGGGUCAUGGAUCCAGAUAUGAUUCCGAUACGUGGUCAGAUCGUGCUCGUGCGUAAUGAUCCAGGUGUCAUGCUGACCAUUUCGGGAACGGAUGACGGCGAUGAUGAGCUCUGUUAUGUCAUGCAGCGAGCUGCUGGCGGUGGGACGAUCCUGGGUGGGACGUAUAAGAAGUGGCAGUCGGACUCACAGCCUGAUCCGAAUCAAGCGACGCGGAUUAUGAAGAGAGCUGUGGAGCUGUGUCCUGCUUUGACUGGGGGCAAGGGCAUCGAGGCUUUAGAUGUGAUCCGGCAUGGUGUUGGGCUGCGUCCGUUCAGAACCAGUGGAGUUAGAAUUGAGAAGGAGAAGAUUGGCGCUACUUGGGUUGUGCACAACUAUGGUCACGGUGGUUGGGGCUUCCAGGGCUCUUACGGGUGCUCUGAAGGGGCGACGGAGCUGGUCGAGGAGGUUUUGACUGCGACAACAAAGUCCAACUUGUAG